UGGUGCUCCGUAAACACAUCACCAUAGAGGCCAAAGAACGAAUUAUAGUGCAGAGGAGCAGGCUGCAAGGAUUUCAACAUGAAUCCAAGAAAUUUACUUAGUGCAGUUGGACUGGUGUUUUUUCUAGCGGCUUACGGGGUUCAAACGUCUGAAGAGGUUGAGCCCGAAUAUGAGAAUGAAGUACAAGCACUCAAGAACGUGGUUGGAAGACUAGAACGCAUCGAAUCUUACUUGGGACUGGAGAAAGAAGUAGAAAAGGAAAAGGAAGAUGAAAAAGAAGAAGAGAAAGAAGAAAGCGGUGGUGCUAGUACAAGUAGUGAGGAGGAGGGCGAGGAUGAAGCAGAACCAGAAUAUGGAGAUAAGGCAGGAGGCGACAUGGCUGAAGAUGAAGCAAAGGUUAGGGCUGGUGCCAUUGCUACGAAAAUGUGGCCACAGGGGAAAGUUUAUUAUUCGAUUGAUGCAGCUAAAUUGACUGCCAGUACCAUAGCCAACAUAACAAAGGCCAUGCAGAUAAUCCAAACAAAGACAACGAUAGGUCGUGCAAUAUGUAUACGGUUUACCAAAAAAACAAGUAUGCUGACCAGGAAUUAUAUCUUUAUAACGAAAAAGGACGGAUGCUGGUCCAAGGUUGGCAUGAAAGGUGGGAAGCAGGAACUGUCAAUAGGAUUUGGUUGCAGCUCUACAGGAACAAUAAUGCAUGAGCUUUUACACGCCCUCGGUUUUUUCCAUGAGCAGGCAAGAUACGAUCGUGAUUCGAGUAUUAUAAUACAUUGGAAAAACAUCAAACCGGGUUGGUCUGGCAACUUUGAUAUGCAACCUAAAGGGGGCAUUGAAAAGUACAAGGAUAGUUAUGAUACGGAAAGUAUAAUGCAUUAUGGACCAGCUGCAUUUACAAAAGGAAAGGGAUUCAAAACUAUUGAUCUCAAAAAAGCGAGUAAUAAAGUUUUUGGACAACGAACUCACCUUAGUGACCAGGACAUCAAGGCAGUAUCAAGGAUGUAUAAAUGCACAGGCACUGGAAGUGGUAUUCCUGCAGACUCAUCAUCAACUUCAUCAAGGACAUUUGCUUCAAGAACGUCAAGUAACCCGAGAACAACCUCAACUGGCUCAAGAACAGCCUCGACUGGCUCGAGAACAGCCUCGACUGGCUCGAGAACAGCCUCAACUGGCUCAAGAACAGCCUCAACUGGCUCGAGAACAGCCUCGACUGGCUCGAGAACUUAUUCCCGAACGCCUGUGACAGUAACUAGGCCAAGGUAUCCGCCCACAAGGUCUAGAACAUAUGGAAGACGAUAAAAUGACAUCCUUAUGUAUGGAUGCAUGGAGUCAACCCCACAUGACCCUCUAACAAUAUUGAUAUUUAUACAAUAUCAUACACUUAAUACUCUGUACACUGUAAAAUAUUUACUCACUCGUGAUCUUAUUAGGAGACUGGUUAUAAGAAGUUCAGAGUGGAAACGAUAAGUUAUUUUACAGUGUGCAAUAAUGCUAAUAAUUAAAUUAUUACUAUCGUAAUUGAAUGCCCAAAUCCCACACGAUGUUGGAUAAUGAGCACCGAUUCACAUUUUCACAAGGAAUACAAACCUUCCAUUGUACAUAUGUCAGGCAAAGUGUGUUACGAGUAAGAAACAAUAAAUAUUUGAACAAUUUUAAACAUGUCUUAUCUGAGCAUCUCACAAUCUGAACACUUCUUUUGUCCUAACUUCUUUAUCUUCCAUUGAUUCUCAUAUUUAAAAAAACUGAAAUGCGAACACCUGUUAGGCUGUUAUUGUGGAACGGGGUCACGCUGUACAUAGAAUAACGAGAGCAAAAUAAAGUGACCCAACUCUAAACUUGUCUCUAUAUCUUUUAGUCAAGAUCUCCAUCUUUAAAUUCACCAAAACAACAGCAUGUGAUAAAGUAAACAAACCAGUGAUCUCCCCAUGUCACUUUU